CAGAGAAGACGUCACUCAGGACUUGGUUGAAGCAUCUUUGGCAGAGAUUCCAGCCUCCAGUCUUCUUGGGGACGAGGCCACAAGGUUUACACAUCAGGAUUUGGGGAUUUUCUUCCAUCUGCUCAAGCUCUGUCAGGUUGGAAGGGGAUCAUCUCAUAUUAAACUAAGAAACAAACCUAGAAUCCUCACAAGAUGUCUGCAUGGAAAUUAUCGGAGGAAAUGAGGCGACGCCGCACUCCAGACCAUACAUGGCUUACAUAUCAAUGGGCAGAUUUCUAUGCGGUGGAGCAUUGAUAAAACCAAACUGGAUUUUAACUGCUGCUCAUUGUGAUAUUGGAAAUGAUUCUUAUGCUAUACUGGGGGCACACCGACUGAAAGAUACCAAUGAGCAGCAGAAGUUAAGGAUUAAGCGUGGCAUUAAGUACCCCUGUUUCGACAAGGAUCUCAAGAUCAAUGACCUUCAACUUUUACAGCUGGAGAAACCUGCAAAGCUCAGCAAGUCUGUUGCUUGUAUUCCGCUACCAAAAAGGGAGGAAAAAAUUGCAGCCAAGAAAAUUUGCAACGUGGCUGGGUGGGGAUUAACCGAUCCAGGAAAAACGACACCAUCAGACGUCCUCCGAGAAGUUAAUCUGACAAUUGUUGACAAUGGAGAAUGCAACAAAAUAUAUGGGAAAAAAUAUAAACAACGCGUCACCAUAACCAAUAACAUGAUGUGUGCAGGAUCAAUUAAAAAGCGUAAAGGUGACACAUGUGAGGGUGAUUCCGGUGGUCCCUUGAUCUGUGACAAUAAAUAUGCAGGUAUUGUCUCAUUUGGACCAAAGUUUUGCGGUCAAGAAAGGAUUCCAGGUGUCUACACACGACUUACAGAAAAUUAUCUCGAGUGGAUCCGAAAAACAAUCGGCGGAGAUUAUUCUGAAACAUACACAGUAUAAAUAGAUUAUCCAGAUGAAAUGUGAACAUUACAUAGUUAACUCCGAGCCAGAAUAAUAGACCAAUGCAGUAGAUGAUCUGGUAAAUUUCAGAUGGACCCCAUCAUGACAAAACUUGGGUCACUUCUGCUUAAUAUAUAAGUCCCUGUAAACCUUGUAUGUAAAUGGUGUUCUAUUAUUGCCUUGUGCUUUCUGAAGGUUUUUUUUAAUGCAAGCUGUAAUAUAGAAUUAUCUAGAUAAAAAAUAAUAAUUACAAUAAACAUGAAAGUGAUU